UCUCAAUCAACUAUGGAACUUCGAAAUACACGACGCCGGCCACACCCCGAACCAUUGCCGGACGCGGGGAUUGCCCGUUUUUUUUUUGCCUAGAAGAGAAUUUCAAUGGAACACUACUGAGGAGCACACGACCUCUUCCCCAAAAAUGACUGUUCUGAAAAGAUGACGCGACGGGACGCAGAGGUGAAAGACCGGUGCGAUACCGGAAGGGAGAGCCCGUCGACAGAUGGAACGGGAAAGAGCAUCUUCCACGUAAAACCGCCUGCCCUUGCAGCCCUUCGUUUCCUCCAUCUCCUCCAUCUCGCCCUCACUUGCUUCGCGUCGUAUGUGCCUGCCUUACCUUUCCUCACUAUUUUUGGUGUUGAUCAAUCAUCAUCAUAUCAUCUUGGUGGCCGGGAUCUGCCGUUCCUGUCACCUCCAGUUUGUGUGUAGAAGCAAGGUACAUAGACGCUAUUCGUACCUAGAGCUGCUACCGUAACAACACCAUCAUUGUACCGACCGAUUCGCGGAUAUCGUUUUCAGCAUUUGUUGUCGAUUUCCCACGUUCCGGUACAACACUUUCCCGAAGGCAUUCAAAGCCGCAUAUUCGUCGCAGCAACAAGCGGUCACACUGAGCAAACCCAACCGGGUGUAUUCGGGUGUCUCCAACGGCUGGACCACGCGUGUUUGCAAGAGAGAGCAGAAGGUAACCGUACGGGUAGCAGGAAUCAGGUGAAAGCAACAAAAAAAGACAUAGCGUUCCAUCUCAAUUUCGCGUCGCAUGGGUAAAAACAGACUCCCCGUUUCGCCCUGGACGGUGCUCAUGUCCGGCGCAACCGCUCCUCGACUGCAAAACGUAUUAAGUCGGCCGGUCCUCUCGAGCAAACGGGAUGCUGGAAGAACUUCUUCUCAUCAUCUACUAAAGAGUCUGUUGCUUGCUUCACGGUUCGCUGCUUCUACACUCGUCGCUACUACUUCUUCUGCUGGUGCAUCUAGAAGUACCGGUACCUCCAGUCCAGACCCCGGCCCUACCAUUAAUAAGUCGCAGACCAAUCGCAACCCCUCGACUUACACCUCACCUCCAAAUUCCCUUUCCAGAACGUUUAGUGCGAGUAACCUGCUAGCCUGGUAUCGGACCCUCCCCAGCCCUUACUUUAACCUCUCCGGCCACCUCGACGAUUUGUCUUCUUUAAUCCGCCCUUUCCUGGCUUUUCUGGACCCGUCUUCGCUUUCCUCCCCAUACUCGAUGGCUUCCACUUCGUACGCUUUCAGCACUUCUUCAGGCUCCGAUUUCUCGACCCCGCGGUCCAGCUCCCCUCACUCGUCUGCAUCAGUUGCGUCCGCACGCUCCUCCCACUCGUCCACCUUCAGUGCAGGAAAGCGCUUGUCCAUGUCUUCGGUUCGGCGCACCUCGGCUUCGAAUCCGAUGUCUUCCGUUGAUCUAUCAACCAUCGAAGAGGCUCUGAAGAUGGCCAACCUCGACACACUGAAGGGCUACUGCCAAAAAACGUACGGCGAGGUCCACCAGGAAACCACUACCGAGUAUAUUUCCCAGGAAGAGGCCCGGGGCUACCAGGUGCUCAACCAACCCCACUGGAACAAGGGGACGUCAUUCACUCCAGAAGAGCGUGUGGCCAAGAACUUGACCGGACUUAUUCCGCACGUCAUGGAGGACUCCGAGAAGCAGGUUGAGCGUGCGCUCAAGAUGAUCCGCACCCGUCAGACCGACAUUGACAGGUACCUCUACUUGUCGACCAUCAAGAGCCAAAACGUCGACCUCUUCUACCGCCUCCUGAUGGAUCAUGCCAAGGAGAUGAUGCCAUUGGUCUACACUCCCACCAUUGGCGACGUCUGCCUCCAGUACUCAACCCUCUACACUCGUCCAGAAGCGCUGUACAUUUCGAUCAAACAAAGGAAGUCGAUCCGUACAAUUUUGAGGAAUUGGCCCUAUCCUCAGCCCGAGAUUUGUGUCGUCACUGACGGUUCCCGCAUUCUCGGUUUGGGAGACCUUGGUGUCAAUGGUGUUGGCAUUCCGAUCGGUAAGCUAGCUUUGUACACGGCUGCUGCUGGUAUUCACCCGGACAAGACGCUCCCUAUCGUCCUCGACUGCGGUACCGCCAACGAGACCAACCUGAAGGACCCUCUCUACUUGGGCCUUCGUCAGAAGCGUAUCCCGGUUGCCGAGCAACAGGAGUUCAUGGACGAGUUCAUGGAGGCUGCCGCUGAAGUCUUCCCGGACAUGGUUGUGCAGUUUGAGGACUUUGAAAGUGAAAAGGCUUUCAACUACCUCGAUCGGUACCGCGAUCAGUACAAGUGCUUCAACGAUGAUAUCCAGGGAACCGGAGCUGUUGUCCUCGCCGGUUACAUCGGUGCCGUCAACCUUUCAAAUGUUCCUAUCGAGGAGCAACGUCUUGUCUUUAUGGGAGCUGGCUCCGCCGGUGUUGGCGUUGCCAAGCAGCUGGUCGAGUACUACACCAAGCGUGGCCUCUCGGAGCAACAAGCUAAGGACAAGUUCUGGCUUGUUGAUACCAAGGGUCUUGUGACCAAGGAUCGCGGUGAUAAGCUGGCUGAACACAAAAAGUACUUUGCCCGUACCGACAACAACGGCCAUCAGUUCCGCACCCUCGAGGAGGUCAUCGAGUACGUCAAGCCAAGUGCGCUUGUCGGUCUUACUGCCACUCAUGGCGUCUUUACCGAGUCGGUCGUCCGCGCCCUCAAGGCUUCCGUCGACGCCGGAGGACUUGGCCGCAGGCCCAUCCUCUUCCCCCUCAGCAAUCCUCUCACCAAGGCUGAAUGUACAUUCAAGGAGGCCAUUGACUGGACUGACGGAACCGUGCUCUUUGCUUCCGGUUCUCCCUUCUCCAGCUACACUACAAACGGUGUAACAUAUCACCCUAACCAGGGUAACAACGUCUACGUCUUCCCCGGUAUUGGUCUUGGUGCUAUCCUCGCCAAGGCUACUAGAGUCACCGAUGACAUGAUCUACACCUCGGCCGCUGCCCUGGCCAACUCCCUCAAUGCCGAUGAGGUCAAGCAAGGCCUUAUCUACCCCCGCAUUGACCGUGUCCGUGAGGCUAGCGUCAUUGUUGCGCGUGAGGUGAUGAAGUCUGCUCGCCGUGAAGGCGUCAGCACUCUACCGGAAGAGCAGUGGCUUGAGUGGGAGGAGUGGGGUGACGUUGAUCUCGAGAGGUACAUCAAGCAGCACAUCUACGACCCCAAGUUUUGAAAGGUCUCAUAGAUACGUUCAAACGGGUGUGCACAAAAUGGAUAGAAAGAUAGAUGGGUAGGUGGGAUGGGUGGAUAUGGCAAGAGUUGGGUUGGAGUUUAUCAUCACGGCGUUUGGAACCUGAUUUAUUUUAUCCUAGUGAUCGCCAGACUCACAGGAUGCUUGCUUUACUGUUGAAGAGUUGGAAUGGCAAAUAAGCGGGAUCCAUUACUACCAUUAAUAAAGAUCCCUUUCCAGUCAAGAAAGGAUUGGAUGGAUCUUGAGCGUUUCGGUACUUACUUCUUAAGGACCAUGUUGGAUGCACAUACCCCAUGGGACAGCGAGAGAUGCCCAUGUUCUAGCAUGGGUCACUCGGCAUUAGAUACAGACUGUUAGAGUCAGAAGAGGUUGAUUCGGCGUUAUCAUGGAACAAGAAAAAAACGCUUUUAGCGGGGUUAGAUCACUCAAGGGAACAGGCAACAUUGCGAAGGAUUCAUUGUACAUUUUUGAAAGAUCUUUUCUGCCUAUCACAAACUUGAACUCACUUUGGUGAUGCCUUUACUCUUUGACCG